GACGUCGAUUUGACAUAGGGCCCUCUCGCGCGCUGCUGGCCGCUGCGCUCCGCUCCGCCGAUUCCGCCGAUCACCGCCCCCGGAACGGCACGGCACGGCGCGGUACGAUACGGUACGACGACGGCACGGUGAUCUGGCGCGGCGCUCUCUCGCGCGGCUGGACCUCUCCUCCUUCUCCUUCUCCGUCGCCGCCGCCGCCGCCGCCGCCGCCGCCGCCGCCACUAGCAGGGAGAGAGAGACAGAGAGAGAGAAAAAGAGCACUGAGCGCGGCGAAAGAGAAAGAGAGAAAGAGAGAGUGAGGGAGAAAGAGAUGUUUCCCAAUUCCCGAUCUUCCGCGACGAUGGGUAUGUUGCCCGGCAACGGCGGCCUCCUCUUCGCGUGUCGAAUCGACGGCACGGGUACACCUCAACCGGUGGACGCCGCCACGACGAUGGUGCUCAUGAUAACGGUCGUCAACGUAUCACACAUCACUCCACAUCACUCCGCCACCGCUCCACGGUCGACAUAUUCGGGCCGCGGGCCGACUGCGCAGCCGCGCCUCCGCAACGGCGACGUCGGAAACAUAUGUGCGCUACUUCCGGCCGAAUGUCAAAACCGUCCGUUGGUCGACGCGCCGGCUACCGUGGCGCCGCCGUCGCCACGCCGUCGUAUUCGCGCGCGCGCGCGCGGAAAAAUUCACCUUUCAGCGGACGAAGAGAAUUAUAUUUCCUCCCGCUGACGUCGAGCUCGAGAACGAGAGAAUCUGUUUCUCUUGUUCCGUCGAUCGUCUUGUCCCUCGAUUCUCCUCGUUCUUUCCGCGGAGUUCCCUUGAAAAUGCCGCUGCCGCGCCGGUACGAACAAUGUUUCUGGAGUUACGUCACACCGCGACCACGUGACCGAGCUCGCUCGUGUUUGUAUGGAGCUGCGACGCAGAACGCGCUCUCGUCCUCGUUUGGGAUCCCCCGAGUCUCGAGAGGGUUCCCUCCUCGGCCGCCUCCCACGCCGACGGCGACUCGAGUGCCACUCGUUCUUUUCUCACAUCAACACCCACGUAAUUGAGAAGAAUACUUUACAGGUUGCGAUGUGUCGGAACGACCGAAUCAACGCUAUUUCAAUGUAAAAAAAAUCAUAUUAAAUGUUGCUUUAAGUUGUUAAAACUUUACAACGAAGACUGCGGCGAACGUUGAAUUAGCAUUCGGAUGAAUAUUCAUUCGCGUCUUGAUUUCCAUAGACUGGAGGAAGGUCUGGAACAGAAUAGACGACAACCGGUCGGCCUGUGUCAGCCGCGCGACGCGACGUGAGGAGCGCGCGACGAGAAGGCCAGCGUUGGCCAGCGUCUUUCGUUGACACGUACGAUCCGGGUUUCCGCGUUCUGUUCACUUCAAUAUUUCCCGGCUGUCUGGGCUGUCUGUCUUACCGGCACAAACGCUUACACUUUGCCGCGGCAAGUAGGUUGACUGAGGGGAGCUGAGAGGAGCGAGAACCGGAACGCGCGCGGCGUCUGCUGUCUGCUGUACCUGCGCCGCUCUGCGUGCGCGCGAUCUACUACCUCUCAUCUCUCAUAAGCAACGACGGACGUCAACGGACGUACCGCUUUGUCGUCGAUCGCAUCUCGCAGUUGCGGAAGGAAUACAACGGAUAAUACUUCCAAAGGGGUGUUUAUCAAGGAGGAAGGGAAAAAGGGACUUAAAUUCUGCCUCAGCAAUUCGAAACUGCAAACGUGAAAGAAGCGAAGGAGCUUGAUCGUUGAUCGUGCGGGGUUCCAAGACCUCGAUUGACAGCAUUAUGCUGCUUUUUUUACAUGAUAAACAAAGUUAUUUUCCAAGAACCAACUGCUCUGUACCGUAUCGAGCUACUAUAGGAGAGACUCGGGGAAGUGUUUUCUUUGUUAUGCACAUGUAAGACUUGGAUUAAUAAUGGCAUCGCAUCCAGUAGUGUUCUUUUAUUGUCCAACAUUGUAUAAGAGAACUUUCUAAAGAAUUCCAACUUUAUUCUUCCAACUUCUCACAUCUAAUUUUGGGAGUUUCCGCUACUGAUUGAGAAGCGUGCAUCCUCAUUCGUCAUGAGCGAAUCCGAUGACUGCGAUCUCCUGGCCGCGGAUAUCCAGGCUCUGGAUGAAGCUUUAGCCUUGGACGUGAAAAGAAAAUCUUGGCCAACAUAUACCGAACAACAUUCUGACAUCUCGUCGUCGUCGGAUCUCGAAAAUCCUGAAGAUAAUGACGAUUGUUUCGAGUAUCUCUACGCGAAUCAGCAUAUCGACGAAUCUCUGAACGCUUAUGAGAUUAAUACAAGGUUGAUAACGGGCUUGUCGAUAGCCAAAAGGAAAUUGACUGUUCUACUGGAAGAAUGCGAGCAAAAGAUAAAGCUACUAGAUGAGAAGAUGGCAUCCAGGGAUACGUCGAGCACAAGUUCGAAAUAUGCGCUUAGCAAUGCCGGUAUGCCAUACUUCAAAGACAAGGAUUAUUUCAGUCCUCCCCAGAACUAUGAUACUAAGAUAAAGGAAGCACGCGGUGAGCUGCUCUUCUUGUCUUUAAAAAAGCCGAGCCGCUGGUCAAGAAAAGACAGAGACACACUUAACAAUGCUAUAAAAAGCCAGGCUUACGAAUCUCUGCUGUCCGAAGACUUCAACAAAAAUACCAACGCGUCCACAUCCAAUAAUCAGAUUAAGAAAAUUAAAGUGCUCCCGAAAACUUUAAGAGAGAUGGUGGGAGCGAUAGGUGAGAAAGAGUUUGAUUGGCACAAGAUUUCCGCCAUGGACUUCGACAAUAAGCAUUCGCCUGGCGAAUGUCGAGCUAUGUGGAAUGUCUAUCUGCAUCCCGACAUCGAGAAAAAUGAAUGGACGAGUGCGGAAGAUAACAAACUGCUCAAGUGCGCGAAAGAACAUAACUAUCAAGAUUGGGACGCCAUUACAAAGAAAUUAAACACAAACCGUAGCGCGUACCAAUGUUUCAUCAGAUACAAUACCAUCAAGAGGGUGCCGUGUUCCGGGCGUAUUUGGACCAAGGAGGAGGACAAACAUCUCAUGAAAAUCAUGAACGCGAUCAAACUCGGGGACUACAUUCCCUGGACUGAGAUCUCCAAUCACAUGCGGCACAGGACCAAGCAACAGAUCUAUGUACGGUGGAUGUACAGCCAGGCGCCGCAUCUGAAGAAGGGUAGAUUCACCAAAGCGGAAACGUCGAUUCUCCUGAAAGCGGUGCAGAAAUAUGGUAGAAACUUCUGCAAAAUUUCAAGCCUUGUGAUGCCAAAUCGUACCUCGGUGCAGCUACAAUUGCGUUACGACACUGUAAUGACAAAUAUCAAGAAUUCAAAUUUGAAUCUGUGGACAGUUAACGAUGAUACGACAUUGAUUAAUUUGCACGCAAAAUACAAAAACAAUUGGUCCGCGAUAGCAACGCAUUUUCCCGGCAAAUCAAGAACACAAGUGAGACAUCGGCAUCACGCAUUAGCAAAGUACGUUAUGAAAGGUGUAAGUCUCGAAAGUAUACCCAGACCGCCUCCAACAAUUCCCAAUAGAAGACUUUUGAUGAACAGGAAAUUUUUAUCCUCGUCAAAAUAUCGUAAUAUAUUUGUAGCACCCAAAAAGUCAGUGCGAGAUACCGUAAGUGUUUAUGAGAUUCAGUUGAGGUUGUACGAAACUCUCUGUUUUCCACCUUCAAUGCCCAACAAUUUUGAAAAAGAACCCUACGACAUCGAACAGCUUGCGCUUAAUACUAAGAAACUACACGACACGUUGAAUUUGUUGAACGCCAAUCUCAAUAUUUCGAGUGAUUGUUUGAAUUAUGCACAUUUAAAUAGCAGAGAGAAACAAAUCUUAGAUUCCUUAAAAGAUUGCAUGAACGUAGAAAAUAACGGAACGCAAAACAGUGAACUGAUAGAACAAUUUCGAACGCGGAUGUUCGGUAACAUCGCGAAAAGUAGUAAGAGUGAUUUCUUCAUACCGCCACUUCCGUUCAAUGGAUAUGUAAAACUAAAGAAAACUAAAACUCAAAAUACAUCUACGAAUUACGAUUUAGAUGCUAAUGAAGCAUUUCUUAUUGAUAUGCCUACAGAAUUCUCCAAUAGUCCCGGCAUACUUGAUUUCGUCAGUAUUGAUGAAGAGAUUCAAUUUCAAAAAUUCAGUCAAUUCUUGAUAAAUGAUUAUCAUAAUUGGAACCAGCAAAAUGUAAAUUUAUAUAAGUCUUUAAAUUGUGUCUUUCUUUUAAAAAAAGAAGAGAGCAUUGCAAUUGAAACUGUAUUAGAAGAUAAUGAACAAAAUAUAAAUUUAGAAGAUUACGAGCAAUUGGAGCUAAAUAAGUUGACGGAAACUGUCAAUAUUAAUGAACCAAAAGAAGCGGAUAGAAGUAAUUUAAUUCUGCCGAAUCGAGCGUCUUUAAUGGGUUUGAAAAAUCUCUUUGUUUGGAAAUUACUGUACGACUAUCAAGACGAGACUCGUAAACAAGGCGAAUCGAUCGCGUCGUGCCAUGGUUUUGGAAAUGACCUAGCAUCAAAACAAACGACGAACUCUCAAGAACCUGUGACAACGAAAAGUGCCGAAUAUCAAUUACUGCGAACUCGCCUAUUGCAAUUAUUUAAACUUCCUAUAAGUUUAUCGAACACCAUACUGCAGACGCAGGGACCAGAAACGAUAUUUUCGAUAAAAGAGAAAUCACCCGAACAAAAUGUUGAUACGAAAAAAAGAAAACUUGAAGACACAGAGCCUGUGCAAAAAAAUAAAAAAAUUAACUCGAACGUUACGACUGACAAUUCAUUCUGCUUAGAUGUUACGGAAACGGAAAACAUUCCUACAACACGUAGAUCACUUCGCCAAAGACAUAAAUUGUCGCAAAAUAACGUAUAAUACAUAGUCAAUAGACUGGCUAAGUCAAUAUGGAGAUAUUUGUAGGAAGCAUUAAAGUUUUAUUUAUCUGCAAACAUGACAUACAUUUUUUUAGUUUAUAUUUUUGUUUACAUUUCCCUUUAAAGUAAAUGAGCGUAGAAAAAAAGACUAGUUUUUAUUUAUUACAAAUAUAAUCUUCUGAAAAUUAUUUAUAAAUGUAUUACACAACUGUGAUAAUUAACAAUAGCAAUACUCUGAAAAUAUAUAUGUAUACAUAGGGUGUCAAAUAUACAGGAUGUCUAUAAAGUC